AUGCAAUUGACACUUUUGACAUGGUCAGCGGCUUUGCUGUCGAUUUCCUAUACUGCAGCAUUUCAACCUUCACCUCUGCAGAAAAGAGCCAACAGUCAACAUAUCAACAUUCAUACAGGCAGUCUACAAAAUGAAAAGCUAAAGGCUUCAUCACCAUUCUCAGAUAAUCAUGGUUCCAGACGACCAUCAGCCUCCAAAUUGUUCAUGGCAUCGGCAUCGUCACCGUCAGAUCCUCAAAUCUUGGCGAGUGGAUAUUCCGAGCAAAUGAUCUUGAAAGAUGCGGUUCAAGAAGCCAUUACCAUGGCCAUUACAGAAGGAUUGCCUCCGAUAAUCGAUGGCACUACCCAAAUUAUUGACUUGGCCAUUGUGUCGGUCAACAGUUUGUACGAUGGGAGUGCCUCGCCUUCCGAAGUGGUCCCAACCAUUUUGAGCUAUGCAAAAGAAUUGGGUUAUGACAUUCAGAAUCUAGUAGGAUCCUAUUCGGGAGGCCUUGUCAGCAGUCGACCCAACCCAGCUGCGUUCAACAACAGGAACAACAAUAACAGCAAUGACGCCGACGACCAGGAAAUGAUCCGUUCUUGUCUCCCCAUUGAACGAGAGGGCGUCCCAGGAGUAUCCGUGACAUUGUGCAUCUUGCCCGAUGUGCAAGUUCAGAGUUUCCAUGUCGAGGGUGACGAUGUUCCAGACGACGUGGGCCGCGUCGAACCAGAAAUCUGGAAACGAGCCGUGGGACUUGGUGGAUUCGAAGCUGUCCCCUACGCUCUGCCCGAAGAUUAUUCCUCCGCCGAGGACGCCGAAGACAAGGAUGCUGCCUUUUUCCUUCUCCCAUCCCCCGCCUUUCAGAAUGAUCUAGACGAGCUUCUUCGAGGAUUGGAAAUUAACUAUCCAUCGUCUCAUAUAUUUGGUGCCAUUGCUUCCACAGUUUCAUCCUUGUCGCGGGCCCGUCUCUUUCGAUACCAAGCGAGUGACCCAGAUGGCAUUCAAACGCUAGCGGAUGGAUGUCUGGGAGUUGCACUAUCUGGUGAUUUGCGCAUCAAGACCAUGAUCGCCCAGGGUGCCAAGCCGGUUGGUGGAGUGUAUCGAAUUGUCAAGGGUGCCGAAACCACCAUUCAAGCGAUUGCUCUUGAUGAAAGUGCCACAGAAUUGCUUCAAGAGGAAGAAGACGACCAAGAAGAAGAAGAGGAGGAAGAAGAGGAAGUUGACGAGUCCACCAUGUCGAACGAAGAACGCAAAGCCAAAAUGGCAGCCGCCUAUGCCAAAGCUCGGAUCCCCAAACCAAUUCUGGCCGAGGCCAACUUUUUGAUGAAGACCUUGUCCGACGACGAUCAGUCCUUUAUGCGAAGGGCACUCUUGGUCGGCUUGGAACGAGGUGGAAGCCUUGGACGAAGUCCCAGCGAAUUGGCUCGUCUUGCCGAAGGCAAGGGCCACCAGUAUACGGUUCACCAAGUCGCCAGUGCCGGAAUGAAGGAUGGAUCCGUCACCUUGUCGCUGGGAAGUGUGGACAUCAAACCAGGAACCCGUCUUCGAUUCUUUGUCCGCGAGUCAGACUUUGCCAAGAAGGAAUUGGCAGCCCUUUGGACGGGAUACAAGCGCCGUGCCUUGGGAGCGAACCUUGCUGGAAAACCAGCCUUCAAUCCUACCGGAUGUUUUUUAUUUCCAACACUGGAUCGUGGAAGCAAAUUCUUCAUGGGGAAAACUGGAUACGAAAGUGAAGCCGCUUUGGAUUUUUUGCCAACCGUUCCCUGCAUCAAUGGAUUCUUUUCCAAUGGUGUCAUUGGAUCGCUUCAAACUGAUUCGCCACAAUCGGAACCAGCCAGUUUGUAUGGAAGUGCCUCUGGAUAUGCCCUCUUUGGAAGCAAAUCCGGUCGCCCCGUCUAUACUCCCGAUAGCGCAGCUGCUGCUAAAGCUUCCACCAAUGGAGAUGAAGAUGAUACCGAAGAACCGGAUGUUGAAGAUUGGAAGGUAACCCGUCUUAUUAGUACUGAUAAAGAAAAGAAGGCACCACGCGAUGAGAAUGGUGAACUCAUCCUCAAGCGUCGUGAAAUCCAUUCGGGUCGUGCCAUGACUGUUUCAGCUGUGGAAUGGAGUGUCGCCGAACGGACCGCUACACCAAGUUCGGUCUUGGAAGGCUUUAUGUGGGACAAGGAAAAUGAAGUGGACCGCUUCCGCGAACGAGUUCCACUGUCCAACUUGGUGUCGCAAUGCAAACUUGCCAAUAUUGACCCCGCCCAACCAAAGCCAAGAGACUGGGUUGGUCCCAUCAUGGAGGCAGCCAAAGGAGGCAAGUUUGUCUUGAUUCCAGAAUGCAAGCGAUUGGAACCAAUCAGUGGAAGUUUGCGAAAGCGAUAUGAUAUUGCCAAGAUUGUCACAGAGUUCUGUGCUGCUGGUGCACCCGCCAUUUCGGUCAAUUGCGAUGCUGUCUUGUUUGGAGGUUCGUUGGAAGACAUCACUACCGCUCGGGAGGCAUCCUCCAAGGCUGCCUUGGACGGAGCUUCCGAAGAUGGAGUUGUCGUUCCACCCGUCAUGGCUUCGGAUCUUUUGUUAUAUCCGUACCAAUUGUACAAGAUGCGACUUGCUGGUGCCGAUGCGGUCAAUAUGAUCGCUGGCGCCUUGGGCGGCAAGGAUAUGUUAUAUCUCGCCAAGAUUUCCCAAGCCCUCAAUAUGCAAGCCUUGCUGUCCGUCACCUCCAUAGCCCAAAUCAAGGCAUUGGACAUAAUUCCUACCGGAGGCAUUGCUGGAUUGGUGGUCUCCAACCGUAAUCUGGAAGACUUUAGCUUUGACAUGACUGGCCAACAAGCCUUGAAACUCCUCCAGAGCGAAGAACUGAAAACGUUUCGAGAGAAGCAAGGAGAUGAAUUUCCAGUCUUUGUCGAAGGACGAGUGGGCCUAAUAGAUGCCUUUGGAGAACCAGACGCCUACUUGAAAGCCCUCCAAGAAGCCGGAGCAACCGGUGCCAUUGUUGCUGCUGGAGUAGCCCCAGACGAAUCGGGCGAAGUCCCAUUGAAAGAUUUCAUGGAGGCUAGCUAA